GAAUGUUGGAAUCUGUAGGAUACUCUGAAUGGAAAAAUGUCCCAUUAUCAUUUUAUUAAAUGCUGUUGCUUCCAGCUCUGUAAUGUGUUCCGAACACAUGACAUGGAAAUCGACCAGUGUUUACUGGAGUCCCUCCCUUUAGGACAGCGGCAACGACUGGUGAAACGGAUGCGUUGUGACCAAAUCAAGGCUUACUAUGAGCGUGAAAAGGUUCUCCAAAAACAGGAAGGGUACAAACAUAAACACAAACAUGGCAAGAAAAAUAGGAUCCAUUUCAACUCCUCAGACAUGAUCCAGGAUGCAAUUAUUCGACAUGAUGAUAAAGAAGUCUUGAAGCUGUUGAAGGACGGUGCUGACCCUAACACAUUGAUCUCCUCAGGAGGCUCCCUGCUCCAUCUGAGCGCUCGAUAUGAUAACAUCUUCGCUGCUGAGAUUCUAAUCGAAAGGGGGGUAAAUGUCAACCGACAAGAUGAGGAUUUCUGGACUGCUCUGCAUAUUGCUUGUGCGUGUGAUAAUCCGGAUAUUGUUCUGCUCUUUACACUGGCUGGAGCCAAUGUGCUGCUGCAGAAUAUAAAUGGGCAUAUCGCACUGGAUUAUACAAUGGAGGGCACAGAAUCAAGCUCUAUACUUCUCCAACAUCUGGAAGAUAAUGGUGUUGAUGUGAACUCCUUGCGGCACAUGAAAACACAGCGUCCUUCAAAAAUGUUGGCAGAUGUUAAGAAUCUCCUGGCAGCCGGUGGAAACAUCAAUCAGAAGAAUGAUGAAGGAGUCACACUGCUACACAUGGCAAGUGCUAAUGGCUAUAAGGAUGUAUCCUCCCUCCUGCUGGAGAACAGAGCUGACUUAGAUGUUGCUGACAACUCUUACUGGACACCACUGCACUUAGCUGCAAAGUAUGGGCAGACUACCAUUGUGAAGUUGCUUUUGAAACACCAUGCAAAUCCUAAUCUUCUUAACUGCAAUGAAGAGAAGGCCACAGAUAUUGCAGCCUCUAAAUUUCUGGAAGAAAUUUUGUUGAAGGCAGAAGCAGACUGGAACGAGAGGUGGAAACUGUCUGGAACUUCCUGCCCUGUUCCAGAAUCACAAGAGGAAACCUACGAAGAGAUCAUUCAUGAUGUUCCUGUGCCCGUCAAAAAACUCAAUCCUUUCGCUCUACCAAUUGCUAAACAGGACAGCAUGUUGGAAAAAGACACAAUGUUCAGAGAUGCUUCCGGAAAUUUGCAGAAAAAGAAUUCACAAGACAACCCCAUUGACAAUAGCGCACUGAAUGGAACAUCAAGACUUGAACAGGUGAAGUUGAUUCCUCCUGCACCCAAUGAUGACCUGUCUACUUUGAGUGAAUUGACGGAUAGCAGUCUGCUCUAUGAGAUUCAGAAACGGUUCAGCAAUAAUCAGAUAUAUACUUACAUCGGACACAUUUUGUUGAUGGUAAAUCCAUACAAAGAACUGCCAAUGUAUUCUGCUAUGGUCACUCAGCUUUAUCUGAGCAACACAGGGAGGCUGUGCUCUUCCCUCCCACCACACAUCUUUUCCUGUGCUGAAAAAGCCUAUCACAUGAUGUUGCAGGAAAAGAGGUCGCAGUGCUUCAUCCUCAGUGGGGAAAGUGGAUCAGGAAAGACAGAGGCCUGUAAACACAUUGUGAAGCACCUGGUGUGCAGAGCGGUGACAGCUGAAUGCACGCUUGAGGCAAAGAUUAAUCACGUAAGUUGCGUGCUGAAUGCUUUUGGACAUGCAAAAACAACAUUGAAUGAAGGUUCCAGUCGAUACAUAAAAUAUCUUGGAUUGCAGUUCAGUGAAAAGAGGAGGAGUUUAAGCGGAGCCAGAUUUUAUGCUUACUGUUUGGAGAAGUCACGUCUUGUUUCUCGAUUACCCAACCAGAGCAAUUUUAAUAUUUUCUACUUGAUGAUGGAUGGCUUGUCAAGUGAAGAGAAGUGUGCUUUGUACCUCAACCACCUUUCAGCACACAGGUACAUGAACCAGAAUAUGGCAGAGGAUGUGCCAACCACAGUGACUGCUAAAAACAGAGAGACAUUUGCUACUCUAAAGCAAGCUUUAAGAACACUGGGGUUCAACAGUCUGGAAGUUGAAAACCUGUUUUUGAUUUUGUCUGCAAUCUUGCAUCUUGGGGACAUCCAAUUUCUAACUCUACCAGAUGUUGAGGCCCCACACGUGUCAGAUUUACAAUUACUGGAACGAGUGGCCAGUAUUCUGCAGGUGUCAUCUGAUGACUUGACUUCAGCCUUAACAUCUGACGUUCAGUAUUUUAAAGGAGAUAUAAUUAUGCGAAGACAUACAGUAGAUGUGGCAAAUUUUUAUCGUGAUCUUCUGGCAAAGUCGCUUUAUAGCCGUCUUUUUAGCUUUUUGGUGAAUACCAUCAAUUGCUACCUGCAGAAUCAGGACGAGAGUGAAAGUGGCUCAACACUUGAAAUUGGAAUAUUGGACAUAUUUGGCUUUGAAGAAUUCCAGAAAAAUGCCUAUGAACAGCUUUGUAUCAAUAUGACCAAUGAGAAGAUCCAUCAGUAUCUCAAUGAGGUGCUCUUUCAGCUGCAGCAAGUCGAAUGUGUGCAGGAAGGUGUCACCACGGAAACAAUCUACUCUCCUGGCAACCACCAGGCAGUCCUGGAUUUCUUUUUCCAGAAACCUGCUGGGUUGCUAUCGAUGCUGGAUGAAGAAAGCCAGACAUUUCGAUUGACAGAACAAAACCUCAGCAAACGGCUGCAGUCUCACUUGGAAACGGCUCACACCAAUACUGUGUAUAUGUCUGCAAAAGAUGGAAAUGGAAACAUUCCAUCAAAAGAUCAAGGCUCAACCUUCACUAUCAUGCAUUACGCAGGAAGGGUGACCUAUGAUCUGAUGGGAGCAAUUGAAAAGAACAAAGAUUCACUCUCUCAAAACCUCCUUUUUGUUAUGAAAGCCAGUGAAAACAUUGUUGUGCACCAGCUCUUUCAAGCAAAAUUGACCCAAACGGGUUCCCUUGUUCCUCCUUAUCAUCGUCUGAGCCUUAAAGGCUCCAAGGCAAUGCUACUGUCUCAGAGCAUCUCUUCUGCUUCAAGAGCAUUAGGACCAAAGAAAAUUCUGGAUCUCAACAGCAAGUUUCUCAAAAAGAAGGGAGUAACAACAUUCCUCCAGCGUCUGGAGCGUGGUGGGCCAGUAACACUGGCUGCUCAGCUCAGGAGCUCCAUUAGUGAUUUUAUGGGAAAGCUCCAGAAUGCCACUCCUCACUUUGUACACUGUAUCAAACCCAACACUUCCAAACAAGCAGAGACUUUUGACAACUUCUAUGUAUCGGCUCAGCUGCAGUAUGUUGGUGUUCUGGAGAUGGUGAGGAUGUUUCGCCACGGUUAUCCUGUACGACUAUCAUUCACUGACUUCUUGGCAAGAUACAAGUGUCUGAUCGAUACAACUCUAGGGGAUCGGAAGAAGUUUUCUGCAGAAGAGAAAUGUCGCCACAUCCUACAGCAAUGUAAAUUACAGGGCUGGCAGAUGGGUCAGAGCAAAGUAUUUCUGAAGCAUUGGCAAGCUGAUCACCUCAAUGAGCAGUGCGUACAUUUACAGAAGAAAAUUAUAACCUGUCAGAAAGUUGUCAGAGGGUUUCUAGCUCGCCAGCGGCUGCUGCAAAAGAUGAACAUUAAACAGCAAGAGGUCACCUCCAUUGAAACCUUUCUGCAAUCCGCGGAAGAUAUGGGACUGAAAACAUAUGAUGCCUUGGUGAUUCAGAAUGCCUCUGACAUUGCACGGGAAAGUGAUAGGAUUCGAAAUGAAAUUAAUGCAGCUUACCUGAGAGAAAAGUUAGAAGCACGAAACAGAAAUGAGGAGAUCACAAAACGAUCUAGCAACGAGAGUGGAAAGGUCAAUGGAGACAAUCUUGGGGGCUGCAGAACGCCGAAGCAUUUUCACUCAGGCUCCGCGCCGGUACCUACUUUUGUGGAUGGGUUGGCACAUUCUGUGAUUGGAUCAUCCAUCAGAUCACCCUCCCUUCACUCAGUAUUCAGUAUGGAUGAUAGCAAUGGCCUGCAGUCACCACGGAAACAACCUCCUCCCAAACCAAAGAGGGACCCCAAUACCCGGCUGAGUGCUUCAUACGAAGCUGUGACUGCAUGCCUGUCGGCGGCUUCUAAGGAAACAGCACCUGAAGUGUUCUUGACUAAACCGAGACCUCAUAGUGAUGAUUACAGCACAAUGAAAAAGAUUCCUCCACCAAAGCCAAAACGCAGCCCCAACACUAGACUGACUGGAUCGUAUGAAGAGAUCUGUACAAGGAAAUCCUCUGCGACUCGGUUUACAAGCACAAUGACUAAAGCUGCUCACAGCUUUGGGACUGUUCAGAGAGCAGCAUCUGCUGAUGGACCACAUUAUGGUCCACAUGUGUCACAGGAAGAAGAUAAUGAGCCUGUUUAUAUAGAAAUGGGAGUGACUGCUGGGGCAGGAGGGAAUGCUCUGGCGGAGAUGGAGAGUCCAGAUCAGGGAGAAUCUGUUUAUGAGGAGAUGAAAUAUUGCCUGCCUGAAGAAGGAAACACAAUAUUUUUAAAGCAGGCCACUUCUCCCCCACCUCAUGCGGAGAACAAAAAUGUGCCAUUGUCAGAGGAUUUCAAAAUGGGCAGCCCCACCAUGCCAAGUUGCAAAGAAUUAGUAUGCGACAUCCCCCCGCCAUUUCCAAACCUGCUGCCCCACCGCCCGCCUCUGCUUAUAUUCCCUCCAACCCCAGCACAAUGUUCUCCUGCCUCUGAUGAAUCACCUCUCACCCCGCUUGAGGUCAAAAGAUUACCGGUGCUGGAAACAAAUUUGAAUUAUUCUGUACAGACGGAUGGCACUUCACCCCUCUCCCCACAAUACUCGAAGCACCCUAAAGGAGAAAAUGAGCCACCAACAUCUCCUGGCCUGGGUGUGUUCAGUAUAUCAGGAAAGGUGUCCCCUCCCCCAACCCCUCCUCCUCUCCCACUAGUUCCUACUCCUCCUCCGUACAGGCCACAUUCGCAUUUUACUUUCCAGAUAGACACUUCUACUCCUUGCUUUGCCAAUGCAGGAAAGCCAGCUGUGAGCACAGAUGUUUCUAAAAUACCUCAGAAACCAAAUCCCUUACAAGGAGGAGCUUCAUCUACAAACUCUCCAAGGUUCCCUUGCUCACCAGCAAAAACCUGCAGGACAGAACCUGGAAAGCAUUUGUCUUCCUCAGUAGGGAAUCCAUCAAUGUUUCCUCAUUCUUCUAUGAUCCUCAGACCAAUUACCAGCCCACUUGAUGAGCUGAACAGUCUCUUUAGCUCAGGCCGAUGUCUUCUACGGAAAUCAACCACAGGAAGGAAGAUACGGGAGAUAGAGUGUAAUGGAGGUAGCUGGAGCCUGUCCAACAGAGACGAAAACUGUGGAACUGGAAACAUUUCAGAGAUGCAGGAUAAAAACGCUAAUAACCAUGUGACCAGUCUAUCCACUGCAAUACCUACAGCUUCAGCACUGGAGAACAGCAAUCAGCUGUUGAAUGCCUUGCUUGACAAUGGAGGUUCUACAGCUUUAUCUUCCAUCUCAACAGCCACGCCUUCUCUUCAAAGGAAUAGGGAUAGCAACUCAUGUCAGGUGAUAAAUCAAAUACGUAUCUCAGAGCAGGAAAGCACGACACUGCAGGACUUGCUGGAGUGGAGACGUCGCAUGUGUGAGGAGAAAGGAAACUGGCAAAAGCUAGAGAAUUUAUUUCACAAAACUGAGUCCAGAACCACAGAACGCCCUCCUCCCACACACUGCAAAAGAAACAAGCCUACUUAG